UUCUUCCACUUUUUGAAAAUUCUCCCAAAAUACAGAGAAAUCGCGCCAUGCUUGAUAUGCGAUUCUAUUAGGACACUUGCAAGACGCCUUGCUCAUCAGAAAAAAUGGAGUGCGCCGGAAAGGGCGGCCGAACGCCGUGCUCCGGCCCUCCCGUUCGCCGCUGCCAACGUUGCCAAGCUGUUGCUUACUGCUCCCUCGCUCACCAGGUUUCCCACAGAAGUGCGCAUAAAAGAGAGUGUGAGAGGUUGGAGCAGCAAAUGAAGCGCGCUGACAUCUUGAAUGAUUUCCCUUUCACAUUCACGCGAGAAGCCAUCCAAAUCCAGGGUACAAGGUGUUCAUUUUUGAAAAGGCACGGCAUCCACCUUUCAGGAAUGUGGAUUUGUGAAUGCAGCUGUGUAGGAGUCUCAGCUUCUAAUUUCCAACUUUCGAGGUUGAUCAGUAGUUGGAAUCUUCCAAGUGAGUUAUGUCCUUGCAGAGGACCUUCCUCUCCAAUACCCGAGCGCCUAACUACUUGGAAGGACUACUACGAGUGGAGGUGCAUCCCACUUUGUAGCCCUGCUGCUUUACUUCUUCAUUGGCCCUUAACAGUAUUUCGGGCCAUUCAGCUUGCAACUCUUGAAAGCUUGCUUCCUGAAUUCUCUAACGAACUGCGAAUACAUUAUCUAGGACCAGAAAGAGAACUUCUUCAGUUGGCAGUCUUUGGGGAACUGCAAGCACUCUUCCCCGGAGUAAAGGUGUACAUAGAUCUUUUUGGACCUGCAAUUCCACACGCGAGGGAUGCUGAAAAGAUCGAUCUGUAUAGUUAUGCUCAGUGUAAUGACAUGGACUGUGGGUGCCAGAGUUCUUCUGUUAGUUACCGAGAAAGAAUAGAUGCUUGCCACUCAUCUGCAGUCACGUUACGGCUUCAUGCAGGUUUUUAUCAUGACUGUUACAGAGAAUUACUGCAGGAUUCUUUUCCUCAUAUUAUCGUAGCCCCAAACGCUGGUGUUGCUGCCUACAAGAGCUGGUUACCUACUAUUGAAGUAAUAAAAGAGCUCAAAGUUCCAGCAGUGUUCUCGGAUUACUGUGAAGAAGCUUGUCAUCUUGCAGCUUCAUGUAUCAGAUCUGUAACAGGCAAUGCUCCCAGAAUUCAAAUUCAGAUCAAUCCAUUCAGGCAGCCUCUUUGCGUUGAAGAAAGCGCUCUCUAUCUUCCUUGCUAUUCUAAUUGCUUCGUGUUUGGGUUGUGCAACGAGAUGCUCGAAUAAAGCCGAUGCUGCUCGUGAGUUGGCCGGGGAUCUUGAUGUAUCAUUUUCGCAGAAAGCUGUGUUUACUUAUAAACUCAAUCUAUAGGGGUGAUUGUGCAUUUAUUGGAUGAAGAUUGUAUUCAAUUUUAGGUCAAUUAUUUUAUUUCCAAAUACAAGUAAGUUUGAGUUGAGUUAAAAAUAAAAAUGAAAUUGAAUGUUUA